AAAUUAAUUCUCGUUGAUUGUUUCUCUUAGACUUUAUUGCUUGGAUUUGCAAAAUUAAGCUAACAUUUAAAGUCGAAAACUUACCACAAAAAGCCGUUAUGCGAAUAUUGACACCAUAAAUUCGACAAGAGUGCGGAUUCGUAUCCAUCGCAGAAUGAGCUAAUGGGCAGCUGCGAUCAGCAAGUAAUUUUGAUUGUGUUACUAUUUGUGUGUCGGGAAAAGUAGGAGGAGACGGUACUCAAAUUACUGUUUCACUGGGCUCGCGGCGAGAAAAAACUCCUUGUGUAGUCAUUUUGGCCCCUGCUGGAAUUCUCUGCCUAAAUUAAUCUUUUUGCAUAAAUCUCUUCUGUGAAAUCUGCUUUAUACGAUUAAAAAUUGGUGUCAUUUUUUUCAUCCUAGUAGUGGAGUGGAAAAAACUUAUAGAGGGGCUUUUAGAGGUUUGGAAAGAGACAGCUAAUAAUGCGAUUCUCUGCGGAGGAAGGAAUCUUAAAAAACAAUUUUUCGCAGUUGAACAAUAGGAUUUCUUGGGAUAAAAAUCAUGUCGUAAACUAUUACAAGAAUAUUGCAUUUUCCUUUGCGUAAUUUUCAACCUUUGUGUUUUUGUGCUUGUCUUAUCAUUUUUCUAAUAUUUUCUAAUAGAAAUUAACAUAAUGAGAGCGGUCAAAGUGAUCUUUUAUUUCAGGGCACUUCUUGCCCCCUCUGCCCCUCUUCGAAGAGGGCAGGACGGGCAGCUGCCCCUCCAGCCCCCCCCCGGUGUAGGCGCCCCUGUUUGUAUCAGUUGACAAGUCAGAUAAAUAUAUACAAACUUGAACCCGAGAAUUGAACAUAGAACUUUUGAAAGAGAAUGUCACAAAGAUUACAAGAAAUCAGGUAAACUGUAAGUACACAAAGAGAAGAGUGGAUCCAAAAAGUGAAUAGUGUUCAGAAGAGAAAGUAGCUUACGUUACCAUCAGGGAUCACGAAUAAAACUUUCCAAACAAUGUACCCUGUAGACUUAUGAAUUCAACAAAAUCAGACAUUGGAAAAAUAAGUGAAACAGUAUUAGGCAAAAUUGACAAAGAGAUUGUCACAUCAAGCAAAGUUCAUCAAUGGAAAAAUACAGACUCACUUAUCCAGUUGUUUAAUGGUAUCGAAAAUAAACAAGACGUAAGUUUAUAAUCUUUAACAUAGAAUCAUUUUUUUACCCAUCGAUAUCUGUCGAACUAUUAAACAAAACUAUACACUAUGCAGCAUAGAAUUGAAUUUUAAGCUUUAAAAGCAGCUAACCAAGAUAACACUCUCAGUUACUCUGAAAACGAUCAUGACCAACUGCAUUUUGCGCAAUAUCUAUACAAAUCUGUAUUUAUUCAGAUAUUCUAGCCUUGGUUUUGUGGUUACGUCUAUAUACAUGUAUUUACUUUCUGAAUGCACACUGGCCUUUUGCAUCUCGAUUUAAAACAAGGACCGAGAUACAGGUGGACCGGGGGGCCUUAGCCCCCCAAAAACUUAAGUAGUAUAGGUAAAAUACUUUUAUUUGUAAAAUAGGUCUGUUUUUACACUUAUUUAUCAGGGCUGUCCACCCCCCCCCCCCCCCUUCCUAAACAGAAAGUUAUAUCUCAGUCUUGGAUUUAAAAUAUCAUCACUGCUAGAAGCUGGUACUUCCAUCGUAGGUACAAUGUUUCGUGAUCCUCCAAGAUACUCAGUCAUCUCUAAAACAGGAAGGUUCUUGCCAAAGCAUGCAAUUGAGAAAAUACAGUAAAAUCCCGAUAUCUCGAAUCUCCAAGGGACCAAUAAAACUGUUCGAGUUUACUGUAUUAAAAAUUCAUGCGAUAACUAGGGGACAGUCGUACCCCCUCAAACCCUCUGCUUCAAAGUGGUGCUUGGUACAACAGUUGAAUUAAUGUGCUUUCCAUGCUGUUUGAUUGCUUCAAGUUAAGACAUUGGCGAAAAAUUCACUGUUUAAUGGGGGCGAAAGGGAAAGGGAAACAGAGGCCGGAAAAUCCUUCACUGCUGCCCCUUCUACACGCUUGAAAAACAUUGGGAUUGCUUCAUCGUUGCUAUUCAUUAGGUGAUUAACGUGUACAUCUUAACAACUCUUCGUAAGAUAUUCCGAAAAAGCUAUGGCUCAAGAAACUCUACUACUUGAAAAGCAUUAUUCAAGCAGUUAUUUUCCUGGGAAAUAUCUCAUUGAAUCUGGAAAGUCAAAAGGUUUCUCAAAAUAAUUUUAGCUUCUUACGAGUAUCUAGUUUUUAAAUGUCGGCAGAAAGAUUUAGACUUAGAUUAAGACAAAUGCUUUUAUCAAAAUGAUAAAAGAAAGGAUUUUUUUUCCAAACUUUAUGUAAAGAGUGAGUACGGAAUUUAAUGUCGGUUAUAUUGCAGUAGGGUAGGCAUGGCUAUACUUCCAUCGUACUCAUUGGUUAUUGAUGUCAUGUUUAGAAAUUCCGCUUAAAAGUUGCAUUUUAUGAGGCUGUCUUUAUAAUUUAAAAUUAUUGGGGGCAAUCGCUCCCUUCGCCCCUCCUAAGUGUCCGCCACUGGGUUAAGAGCAAAAGAAGCAGUUUUGACGUGACUGGACUAGUUAAUUUUUCAUGCAAACACAGCUGGUAAAAUGAAUUCCUCACUGUCGAUGAAAAGUAUAUUCGUAGGAUACUGUUCGAAAGACCCUAAAACGUUGGCCGUUAGUCAUGACAGUUGCUCAUAUGACUGUUGUUGCAGUAGUCGUGCAAGUGAAAUUUCAAAAUUUGUCUUAUUAAUUGUUCUUAAGUUAUGCUAAAACUCUAGCAGCUUUAGAAUCUUACCCUUAUUAACUGAAUAAGUGAGAUUGAAGCAGACCUUCUGUUUUCCCUACGGUGAUAAACAUAUGCAGUACAAGCCAAAAAAGCCAAUAAACAUGCAAUUUUGAAUGCAUGAUAAUGCAGAUAUCUAGGGAAUGCACGAUUGUAGAAAUGGGUAAUGCCAGAAAUUAGUCUCGGCAAAUAAUGCUUUUAAAAUCAUGUCAGCUCAUGACUUUGGCAGGCUCUUGCGCAACCGGCAUGCUUUGCGACUAUCAUUCAACAACUGGCAACUGUCUAGCCGCGUUUGCCAAGUUUCGUCCUAAUCAAUGCGAGGCUAGCAAAAUUCCUCCAUUCCAUUCAUGCAUGUCUUGAUUUAACCAGGUACCAGCAGGAGUUAAACGGUUACCCUAUUAUGUUGAAUGUAUUGAAUAAAAGAUUAGUUGAUCUUGUCAAAGUGGCAUGCUCAUUUCAUUAUCACAAAUUGCCAGCUGAAAUCGAAAGCAGUCAUAAGUGUAGUAUACUCCAUAACUUUAUGUCACCUAUGAUUCUUGAAAGAUUGGUAUGACUGUUUUCUGUUAAAUAUUGGAGAAUGUCUGUUGGCUCUUUUGUUGAUUCAAACACGUUCGAGGACGCAUUUUGCCACCUCAAAAAUUUCCAGUUGCAAGGAACAUUUUGUGAUGUAACCAUUCGUUGUUAUGAUGAUAUCGGGACAGAGUUUACAGCCCACAAAGUCAUUUUGGCAGCCAAAAGUAACUAUUUUUACACCAUGUUUACAACUGGCUUAAUGGAAAAGGACAAGGAAAUAGUUACACUGAAAGGUGUAACAUCAAAUGCUUUCAAAGCGCUCAUGUCCUACACAUACAGCGGCAAGUUUGCUAUCGGCCCUAGCAAUAUUGAAGAAAUUCUUGAAGCUGCCCAUAUGCUGCAGUUUGAGCAUGUGCAAGAUGCAUGUUUCGAGUUUUUGCGCAAUAACAUCGAUUGUACUAACUGCAUCGGAAUAUCCUAUUUGGGACAGAAAUACAACUGCAAUGAAGUUAAACGAGAUGCAGAAGCGUUCUCUCGGCAAAACUUUCGAGAAGUAACAAAAACCAAUGAAUUCUUGGAGACUGAAUUAGAUUAUGUUGUGAAACUGAUCUCUAGUGACGAGAUGAAUGUAACUGAUGAAAGCGAGGUUUACACCUCUAUCAUUGCAUGGACAAAACACUGUGAGUCAUCACGUGGCUGUUAUUUGGGACAGCUUUUGCAGUACCUCAGAGUUCCAUUAUUGACGAGAAAGUUUUUGAUCGAUGUUUUGGCAAAAGAAGAACUAAUAGUAGGAGACAAAGAAUGCCGGGCAUUUUUGCUAAAUGCUCUUGAUUAUCACCUUUUGCCAGAGAGGCGUGAUCAAUAUACAAUUACAAAAAGUGGUCCUAGAGAAACCGUUACAAGAAAAUUGCUGGUGGUCGGAGGAGAAAACCGAUCUGGUGUGCUAAAAACUGUUGAAUGCUAUGACGUAAAUAAGUAUUGCUGGGAAACAAAGCCAGCAAUGUCACAACCCAAGAAGCAUUGCGCUGCAGCCUUCCUCGACGGGGUUAUUUACGUUGCUGGUGGCUCUGCCGUAGAUGGAGUGGAUUUAGAUACGGUGGAAAGAUUUGACCCAGGCACAUGCAAAUGGUGCUUUGUGGCCAAACUAACCAAAUGUAAAGGUGCCAUUGCGCUAGCAGUUCUUGAUGGAUGGCUGUAUGCUCUGGGAGGUUCACACGGAGGCUCUGCAUUAAAAACUGUGGAGCGCUACGAUCCAGUAUCAAAUCACUGGGCCCAAGUGCAGUCAAUGAGAUUUCCUAGGAGCAAUUACGGUGUUGCAGCGCACGCAGGAAAGCUUUAUGCCAUCGGAGGCUACUGCGGAAUAAGUGAAAUCGAACACUGCGAAACAUACGACCCACUCAGCGAUCGAUGGAAGGAUAUUGCAGAUCUUAAUAAAGCAAGAAUGAACCAUGGUGUUGUUGUACACAGCGAGAGGAUAUAUGCGAUAGGUGGCAGAAGCCCGAAUUCAGUGUUAGAUUCAAUAGAAAAAUACAAUGCUGGUUUGAACAUGUGGCUCAUAAUCAAGCAUACUCUUGAUCCACGGUCGGGAGCGAGUGUCGCACUUGUAACUACUGGCAAUGAUGAAAGUUCAAUGUACGUUGCUGGAGGGCUAGACACCAGUCAUAUUUGCCAUAAUUCGGUUAAAACCGUCGAUCUAAACUCAAUCGACUACGUUAUAACUAACAGCAUUGGAAUGCUAGAGCCAAGAGCAUUUGGAGCAGUAGUUACGUAUUAGAAAAAAUGUUCUAAUUUUAUUAAAAUAACAAAAGGCAAAUGUCACGUUGCGAUUCACUUAAAAGUAGAAAUAUGUUUUAACUUACUAGCUUUUUUUCUAAAA